CCUAGCCGUGUUGAUACCGACCACCCAUGAGUAAGUUUACGAGUUUCUCGAAGUGAUUUUCGUUUUCAUGGAACUGUGAUUCUUAAGGCUAAGAGGGGAGAAAGGGCGACCAUCAUUUAGUACAGAGAUUCCAAGAGUAUUUCCCCUCCUGAAAGUUCAUACAUGUAACCACUGCUCAGGGGGUAGUUCCACCUACAGCAGGAGAGGUGAUGAACCUCUAUGUCAUCUUGCUCCCCCUUGUCAUACAGGGACUGGCACUAGGCUGUUGUGAAGAAUAUGAUGCUGACGACGUCAGUGGAGAGGGAUCCUGGGAUCAGGACGAUUGGAAUAGAAGUGGUGAUACCAGCACAGGUGAGGAUGAUAAUUUCACUGGGUUUAAAUCUGGUUCGAGCUCAACCGACAAAGCCGAAGAUGAUGAACAGCCCAAAUUUUAUCCAAGAAUCUCGCAAACUCACUCCAAUAGGAUCUUUGUUACCUCUGGUGUUGGUGAAGACAAAGGGGGCUCCAAACACGAUGGCAGGUCACAUUACAGCUCGGAGAAUAGUGGAAACCAGGAGAACAACGAGGAUUUUGGUUCUUCAAUGGAUCUUUCUAAAGUUGGCGAUGCAAUCGAUGUAAUGAAAAGGCUUAAAAAGGCUAAAUCAGAUCAGGAGUUUGCCAAAAAGCUCAGAUCAGGCCCUGAAAGCUUAGGCGUUGCUUUCAAAACGUUUGAACAACUUAGUGGUCUUUGGAUAUCAGUUAUGCAUAGAAUAUGGAGAGUUUGGAAGGCAAAAGGAGCCAAAGUGGUAAUGCAUUCGAUCGUGAAUGAUAUGGUACACAACACAGGAAGAGCAAUCACACAGAAGUUGGGAAAAAUGCUGAACAACACAAUUGAUGUGAACAUGAACAGCAGUGGGUCAGCAGCUUUUGAUAAAGACGACGGUUCAACGGAACCCGAAAAGAAGCACAGAAUAGACACAGUUCACCAUCAAACAGAUCUACCAGUUCAAAGAGUUAGUAUUGAUUUUAUCAAGAACGUUUCAAGCAUAGGGAGGAAGUCGUCUCAUACGAAACCCAUUAAAGAACCAGAAGAGAAAGUAAAGGUGUCGUUUUUAAAGAGGAACAUGAAUGAAUCCAAACCGAAGCUAAAAUCUGAGACUCACAAUUUAAUGAAGAAUACCAUGUCUGUCAUCCAGAAAACGUCAGAGGAGAAAGAAAAUAAGAACUUCACUUCCAUUCGUGACAAAUCAGAAACUCGUUCUACUUUGGUGCCUAAAAUUACACUUCCCGUCUCAUUAACAAAUGGUGAAGAAAAAAGAUCGAAUACUAAUAACACCUUGGUGAUGAUUAACAAAGAGAAUCACAAAAACGUUGACGCGGAUACAGAGAGAAGUAAAUCUGACCCUCGUAAGGGAGAGAUACAGAAAGAAAAGCAACACAUUAAAAUUAUUGAUGUAAAAGAAAGAGAAAAUAACUCUUCAAAAAAGUCUAGUGGUGACUCAUUGAGAAGAGAUGAUGAAAGUCGCCCUGAAAUAAAGUUACGCGGUGAAGACAACAGCGCACGGGGCGGAGGGGGGAAAAGGCCUGUGGAACUCGUAAAACCAGCGGUAAAGCAACUAAGUGCAAUCAAUAAAGCGACAAACGAUGACCAAAGAGAUCAAAACAACACAAAAAGUUUCUUUCCUAAGAGGAAAGUUAGUCAAAAUAAGGUAAACACAUCGCGAAGCGAGAUGGAGAAAGUGAAAAAGUCCGGAAAAUCCACAGCAUUGGAAACAAUGAGGAUAAAUUUCUUGAAACGAAAUAGGACUUCACUUUCAGAUCCUAAAACCACUCUCUCUUAUGUCAUUGGUUCGGAAACACGAGGCAAUAAUGUAUUACCAGCACUGCUCAACACAUCCAACACUCCUCUGCAUAACAAGUCUAUUUCUAGAAAUGAUUCAUCAACUUUACACAAGUCAAUUUCAGCUGUGGAAAGUAAUUAUAGAGAGACAUACCCGACCGGAAAAAGGAUUCUUAAUGUUGAGAAGAAUCAAACAAAUAAAGAACCUUAUGCUCAAAGGGAUAAAAACAGCUCAAGAAAAGGACUUACUGGGAACAACACAACAACCACCUCCGAUGUGUUGCACAAAAGAACAAAAAAACCUCCGUCAGCGAAAUCCGAGAAUAUAGUAAUAAAGCUAAAUGGAAAAAAGGGGGCAUCAAAAGUGAACAAGGCAAAUGAUACUGUUCAUGAAAAUUUUAAGGCUAUGGAUACUCAUGAGGUAAAGGAAGGCAUUGACAUUAAUUAUAUGCAACGGAACGUCACUGCAAAAAUGAAAACAGAUGCAAUAAAAGAAACCAGUCCUGCUCAGUUCAGUGAUAAUUCAGUUCUCACGCAUCAAAAAAGGUUGACCUCGUCGAGAAAAAACGUCAAAGAAUCCAAAAUUACGAGUGAGGCAGCGCUAAAUACCUUACAGGCAAACAAAACAGUUACCAAGGAAAAUACCUUGACCAAAAGGAAAAAUGUUUCAAACUCUGAAAGAGGUUUCAGUAAUUCACAAAAUGGUGGAAUUACAUAUAACAAAGAAGCUACCCGUGGAGAUGUACAAAAAGCCCGUUAUAAAAAUCCAAUGCGGAUUGUCGUUCAAAUUGAGAACAGGACACAAACAAAAAAAAAUGAAAAAGGAAAGUUGGUGGAUGACAUCAGCUUUCCGCUUAAGAAGGAACCUCAGAAAGGUGCAGCCAUUUCAGUAGCAAGAGGUGAGUCACAACAGAAGAUCAUUGUGACCUCUCAAAAGCUAGGAAGUUCGAAAGGAGCCAUCCGAAAAGUUACGGAGGAAAAGGCCAAACAGGACCCAUUGGAUAGUAAAAAUGAGACACGAAAAGGUAUGCUAGUCACAGUUAUGUUCCACAACCAGGCCAACAUUAUCAUCCAUUGCCAAAAGUAA